UCACUCCCCUGUUUAGUCCCCUUUUCAUUCACACAGAUGUCUCACUAUUGGCUCGCGCAGGCAAAAAACCGAGAAGUAAUUUCCAACGGCACACUUUUUCGAUUUUCUUCCAUUCAAAUAACUAUUGUCAAAAUCUAAAUUACGGUCGCUAUUCGUCAUUCGUUAUUUUUCACCCACAUAUCACCACGCAUGCGCAGUCAGGCACAAUUGAAAAUCAUCACAACGGCUCUCUCUCUCGCUCUCUUUCUCUCUCUCUCUCUCUCUCACACACACUCGCUCGUUUACUCGUACUGCCAAAGCAUUUGUUCAAAAAAUUAAAUACACAUGAUUAUUCAGCAGCAAAUAAUAAAUAAAUGAAUACACACAGCUGAAAGCUUAAUAAAGAAACAAUACUUUCAACAAUCAAAUCUCUCAAAGUGUUCGGUUACUGUUUAGUGUGCCUGAUUAGUCGAAUCAGUUUGAUACUGCUAAAGCAAUGGAUGAACAAUUGUAUAACACACAGGAUUAGAUGUAAUGAAAAAUAAAAAACCAGUAUUAACUAAAUAAUAAUUAUUAUUAUUAUUUAUGCAAUAGUCGAACAAGCUAAUAUCUCAACUAGUAACAAUGUUUUCUCUCACACGACGCAAACUGCGUCCGUGGUGCGCAUGCGCAGAGUCGAGCUCCGUGUCCACGGAGGGGACGCGCUGCUCAGCUGUGCUCCGCUGCGGCUCUUCAUACACCGCGCGCUCCCGCACACAGCCCGUCCGAUCGGCGCGGAGCAUGUCGGCAAACAAGUCCAAGAAAGUGAAGAUGGCGACAAAGGCAUGUCCAGAAUGCGAUCAACAGAUCCCCGUGGCCUGUAAAUCCUGCCACUGUGGCUAUGUGUUCAUCAGCCGAAAGCUGCUGAGCUCCAGGCUCCCCGAGAGACCGCCUCCAGCAUUGGGAUUUUCUGGUAUUGCAUUAACGUUCACAGACAAGUUUGAAGCUAAAAGGAGAAGAACAGAGAGGAAUCAGAAAGAAAAGACAAGUCCAGCCAAUGAUAUGGAGAACAAGAGGCGGUCCCGAUCAAACAGCCAGUCAGAGCAGAUUCGCAGAGGGCGGGGUCGCCCGAAGACCGCCACCCAGAAAAAGCAGGAGGAAGAAAAAGAAAAGCAAGAGAAGGAAAGCGACAUCUACGCCAGCCUCUCGGACGAGAAAGCAUUUGUAUUCUCCGUGGCUUUGGCAGAGAUCAACAGGAAGAUCCUGGGCCAGAGACUGAUUCUGUAGUCGAGAUGCUGACAGAGACUGUGACACGACACUGGUUUCCGGUGACUGUAGCGGUCCUGCAGGUUUUGGAUCUGUGACCUGCGACCUGGAGGUCAUCUGACUGAUUUUGAGAACUUUGUGGGACACUCACGAACUUGCAGCUGUCAUACUGCGAAUGCCUGGCUUGUACAUUUGGGUGAAGAGUGAUCUUAACCCAUAAUCUUAAUAUCCAAUAGGUACUUUUGUAUCGCUUAUAGAUUUCAUGGAAUUCCGUGUACUGUGAAGAUUUAUUUGGUGGAGUACUUUACUGUUAUUACACCAACACCUUCCUAAUUUAAAGUUCAUAUUUUAUUAUGUUUGUAAAAAAAAUGGUUUUUAAAGAAUUGAUUACAUUUGAUAAAAUACUUGGUAUGUCAUACAAUAAACUAACU